CUCCCUUUCUCUCUCUCUCAACGCCGAAGUUUGGUGUUGGCGCCAUAAAGUGUUGGAAGGGCUGAGUGUAUUUCUUAAAUCGACGAAGUAUAAAAUGCAAUUCUGAAAUAGGAAGAGCGAAAAUUUUCAAAGCAAUCAUGGGUGAUAAAGAAGGAAGCGCAAAAGGAGCUGAAACAUUUGAUGAUGCUGUUGAGGAAAGAGUCAUCAAUGAAGAAUACAAGAUAUGGAAGAAGAACACACCUUUCCUUUAUGAUCUUGUUAUGACCCAUGCACUGGAGUGGCCAUCUCUUACUGCUCAGUGGCUGCCUGAUGUCACAAGGCCUGAAGGGAAGGACUACAGUAUUCACCGCCUUAUACUUGGGACUCACACAAGUGAUGAACAGAACCACCUCCUUAUUGCCUCAGUUCAGCUGCCAAAUGAAGAUGCUCAGUUUGAUGCUGCGCAUUACGACAAUGAAAAAGGAGAGUUUGGUGGCUUUGGAUCUGUGAGCGGUAAGAUAGAGAUCGAGAUUAAGAUAAACCAUGAAGGUGAAGUAAACAGAGCUCGCUACAUGCCACAAAAUCCCUGCGUGAUUGCCACCAAGACUCCCUCAAGUGACGUGCUUGUUUUUGAUUACACCAAACACCCCAGCAAACCUGACCCAUCGGGCGAGUGUCAUCCUGACCUUAGAUUGCGCGGUCACCAGAAGGAAGGGUACGGUUUAUCUUGGAAUCCCAACCUGAACGGAUAUUUGCUGAGUGCCUCCGAUGAUCACACCAUUUGUUUGUGGGACAUCAAUGCAACUCCUAAAGAAAACCGAGUUAUUGAUGCCAGGACGAUCUUUACCGGUCACACAGCGGUCGUAGAGGACGUCGCGUGGCACUUGCUCCACGAUUCGCUCUUUGGUUCGGUGGCCGAUGAUCAGAAGCUCAUGAUCUGGGACACUCGCAGCAACAACACUAACAAACCCUCGCACACCGUCGACGCUCACACUGCUGAGGUCAACUGUCUCUCCUUCAAUCCUUAUUCCGAGUUCAUCCUGGCUACGGGCAGUGCCGACAAGACUGUGGCCUUAUGGGAUCUACGCAACCUUAAACUCAAACUGCAUUCCUUUGAGAGUCAUAAAGAUGAGAUUUUCCAGGUUCAAUGGUCCCCCCAUAACGAAACUAUUCUCGCGAGCUCCGGCACUGAUCGCCGCCUCCACGUCUGGGAUCUCAGCAAAAUCGGAGAGGACCAAAGUCCCGAGGAUGCCGAGGACGGCCCCCCCGAGUUGCUUUUCAUCCACGGCGGACACACGGCCAAGAUUUCCGAUUUUUCAUGGAACCCGAACGAGCCGUGGGUGGUUUGCUCCGUCAGCGAAGAUAAUAUCAUGCAGGUCUGGCAAAUGGCCGAAAAUAUUUACAAUGACGAGGAACCGGAGACGCCGGUGUCGGAGCUGGAAUCAGCGGCGUCGUGAGGAGGCCGGCGAAACUUCCGUUUCUGCUAGCAGUUUUAUAAAGAUUUGUCAAGUAAUAAGUUCACUCUAUGGAGUCUUCGGCUGGUUAGAAAUCAUCAUUUAAUACGGCAUUCCUCUCUGCUUGAAUGGUCUACGAAUGUUUGAAUAAUAUUGGGUGUUGAUUCUUUUGUUAUCAUUCUUUCGUAAACUUAUUUCUUCCUGUUACACUUACAGCCUCUGCGACAGCAUUUUAAUGGAAGAUUAUUCUGAAUAGACUUGCGGUUGGUUGUAAUGAAGUGAUCCACUUUUCCUGUCAGUUAUAUUGAUAAAAAUGUAUCGACAUAUUAUUACCUUUGUAUUGCUUUUAUCAGGAUAGUAAUGUUCACAGUAAAAAUUUUGAUGCG